AUGGUCAAACUCGAAAAAGUCUCAAAAAUCGUAUUAGAUGAUUACACAAUAGAGAGAGAAGACUCUCCAUAAUUACCAUAAUUAUAGAAGAUUGAAAUGGAUGAAUUAAAAAUUUCAUAUACAGCAUAAUAAUCAGAAGAAAUAGACAAUACUAUAUAACAUCCUUGGAUUAAAAAGAAUUAUACAUAACCAUAAUGUAAUGAAAGUUUAGUUAAAAAUGAUAUAUAGAAUGUAUCAUUUGAACCAAAUAACUCUAGUUUUGAUUUAUUAAUACCUAAAUCCAUCAUUAAACUUAAAAAAAAAAUGGCAAUCAUAGUUCUGAACAUUUAUCAAAUGAUCAACAAUCCAUAGGGUUUAUUAAAUCAAACAAAAAAGUUAGUUUUGAUAAUAAAGUUUAAUUCAGCAAUUUUAGAAAACACUGAAAUCUCUGAUUAAUAUUGA